CAGCCACUGGUGCGACUUCCUUCCUCUCGGAGCAAGAUGGCGGGGGGCGAGGCUGGCGUGACUCUGGGGCAGCCGCAUCUUUCUCGCCAGGAUCUCGCCACCUUGGAUGUUAGCAAGUUGACGCCACUUUCACACGAAGUUAUCAGCAGACAAGCCACGAUUAAUAUAGGUACAAUUGGUCACGUAGCUCAUGGGAAAUCCACAGUUGUAAAAGCUAUUUCUGGAGUUCACACUGUCAGGUUCAAAAAUGAACUAGAAAGAAAUAUUACGAUCAAGCUUGGAUAUGCUAAUGCUAAGAUUUAUAAACUUGAUGACCCAAGUUGUCCUCGGCCAGAAUGUUAUAGAUCCUGUGGAAGUAGUACGCCCGAUGAGUUUCCUACAGACAUUCCAGGGACCAAAGGGAACUUCAAAUUAGUCAGACACGUGUCCUUUGUUGAUUGCCCCGGCCACGAUAUUUUGAUGGCGACUAUGCUGAACGGUGCAGCAGUGAUGGAUGCAGCCCUUCUGCUGAUAGCUGGUAAUGAGUCUUGUCCUCAACCUCAGACAUCUGAACACCUGGCUGCCAUAGAAAUCAUGAAACUGAAGCAUAUUUUGAUUCUACAAAAUAAAAUUGAUUUGGUAAAAGAAAGUCAGGCUAAAGAGCAGUAUGAACAGAUCCUUGCAUUUGUACAAGGUACAGUAGCAGAAGGGGCUCCUAUUAUUCCAAUUUCCGCUCAGCUGAAAUACAAUAUUGAAGUUGUCUGUGAGUACAUAGUGAAGAAAAUUCCAGUACCCCCAAGAGACUUUACUUCAGAACCCCGACUCAUUGUUAUUAGGUCCUUUGAUGUCAACAAACCUGGCUGUGAAGUUGAUGACCUUAAGGGUGGUGUAGCUGGUGGUAGUAUUCUAAAAGGAGUAUUAAAGGUGGGCCAAGAGAUAGAAGUCAGACCUGGUAUUGUUUCCAAAGAUAGUGAAGGAAAACUCAUGUGUAAACCAAUCUUUUCGAAAAUCGUGUCACUUUUUGCGGAGCAUAAUGAUCUUCAGUAUGCUGCUCCAGGAGGUCUUAUUGGAGUAGGAACAAAAAUUGACCCCACUUUGUGCCGAGCUGACAGAAUGGUGGGACAGGUACUUGGUGCAGUUGGAGCUUUACCAGAGAUCUUCACAGAAUUGGAAAUCUCCUAUUUCCUACUUAGACGGCUUCUAGGUGUACGCACUGAAGGAGACAAGAAAGCAGCAAAGGUGCAAAAGCUGUCUAAGAAUGAAGUGCUCAUGGUGAACAUAGGAUCCCUGUCGACAGGAGGAAGAGUUAGUGCAGUUAAGGCCGAUUUGGGCAAAAUCGUUCUGACUAAUCCUGUGUGCACAGAAGUAGGAGAAAAAAUUGCUCUUAGCCGAAGAGUUGAGAAACACUGGCGUUUAAUUGGCUGGGGCCAAAUAAGAAGAGGAGUGACGAUCAAGCCAACAGUAGAUGAUGACUGAAGAAUUCCAGUUAAAUAAUACAUUUGGAUGGAAUCAGAAUUUGUCUUUACAACCUAGGGGUAUAUUUUCAUAGCAGUACUGGGAAAUUAAUUUCACAGCUCAUUACCUUAGUGUCAGCUCUAAGGUUAUUCUCAUUUUUUGGUCAUGAAAAUUUAACCUCUACUGCUAAAUUAGGAUCUACAAUAAAUGUAAAAAUUGGUAUAAUGUUGGAUUGAAUCUACAUUUUAGCAGAAAUUAAUCAUUCCCAAAUAAUGUCUAAUUUAUACAUGAUCACAGGUUUGAAAUGAAAUUGCUACAACCAGCCUUUGCUGUAGCACACGUACCAAGAAACCUGUUUGAAAUAAAGGUUUUCUUCUUAUUUUGCAUGAUUCAUCUUUGAAUAGUUCCAGGCUUGAAGAACGUUAUACCAAGUAAAAACUUGAAGGCACAAAUUCUUGGAAACCAGCUUUCCUUUGCCCCAUAUUUAAUGUUGCUUUAUGUUUGAAACUGUGAGUGAAAAGGAAAUUAAUAAAACAUUACCCUUUAGAUCAUAGGAGCCCAUUCUCCUGGACGCACCUUUCCAUCCCCUUCCUCGUUUCCUUAACUGGAACACAGGAAACUAGAGCUGCUUCUCCUCAUCCUCUCCCUGAUGCCCUGCAGUUGUUUCUGCAUUGCUUAUUACCUGAAACCCUCUAGCUUUCCCCCAUUGCAAAAUGCUCUUACACCGGAUGAUUCUAGAUGAGUAACAGAGAUCUUUCUAGGCCUUAUUUUGUUUUUUCUUAACUGAUUAAUCAGGCUGUAAUGUAGAGUCUAGUAUUAGUAACCGUUGGACCUUUCAAGAUGUCAUUUUCCAUGUUCUGGCACUUUCCCUGUGCUGUGCUUUUUUAUUUUUAUUUUUAUUUUUAUUUUUAUUUUUAUUUUUAUUUUUAUUUUUUUGUCUCUAAGAUUCUCCUAGAGCAGUAGCUCCCAACUCUGGCUGACAUUAGAUUUGCUGGAGAACCUUUAAAAAAAAAAAAAAAGUUGGCCUGCAGAGAUUCUGAUUUAAUUCACUAGGGGUAGAACCCUGGCACUGAUAUUUUUAACUCCUCCCCCCACCCCCCACC